GUGCCUGACUCCUCAGACGAGUCAGCCAGGUAAACGAUAUAAUCACCAGAUUCAACAUCUUGUACUAAGUACUUGUAACUCACUUGUCCAUUUUUUAUUGCGUCAAAAGAACUUUCUGAAAAGUAGACGCAACCACUUUGGAGGGCUGGGGGGACUGACGGUAGAACUAUGAAGUACUCCUGCCAUCGAGUUCUUCAUCUACCAGGAACAUCCAGUCAGGUCGGCGGCCAGUUGGCAGAAUUCUCGACUUCUACCACCCGUGGAGUAGGCAUCAGCAUUCAUUUGUCUCAUUAUGCGAGCAUCGGACGCACAGGUAGAUGGGAGCUGAUGUUCAGGACUCGAAGCAACAGAUUGAUGGGUUCCCCUGACGUGCACCAUAAAGCAAUCUGGGGUGUUGUGACACGUUAUUUUCCGUGCCUGCCAGCAACAGCUCAAGCUAUAGUUCCCAAUACUAGUAGUUUCUGUGACCUGAAAAUUUCUCUCACAGCACGUCCAACGGCAGACUCAAUGCUUCACAACCUCAAACUUCGACUCUCGGGCAUAUUGCACGUAUUUGGGCCUAGUGCUUUCGCCAUUAGCAUCAUUUUGAACACCCUCACCAUACUGCGCUUGCAACAUCAGUCUGAUAAACAGUACUCUUAUAUCGGUAAUGAUCAUCCGAUCGAAUUACCCCUCGACUUGGAGACCGUCGCAUUGACGUUUGAAGACUCAAAGUAUUACAGUACUUCGGGGCUCACGGCCUGGUCGGAGUGGAAUCUGCUCGAUCACUUCCAACAAGGCCACGGAUUCGUGCGUCUGGGACCAAAUGGGCGACUGUUUGGUGUCUCGAUGUUUCACCAGCUUCAUUGUCUACAAAUGAUCCGAUUAGCCCUUAUCAAUGGGCCCAAUGAUCAUAGUGGCCACUGCCUCAACUUCUUGCGACAGGCCAUUCUUUGCAAUUCUGAUACUACCCUCGAUCCAGUCUACACCAAUGGAUCGGUGUCAGGCUCAAGCGGCUUGGGUGUCACGCACAUAUGCCGAGAUUGGUCGCAGGUUUAUGCGUACAUUGAGGAGAAUCAGAGGAGCCCUGUGUGGGCAGAGCACAAUACAGAGAUGUAAUCAUAACGCGAAGUCAAGUGGGAGGGAGGAUCUGAUUUCGCACUAACGCUGCAUGAGAUCAGCUCGUAAAAUACUUACUUAUAAAUCUCAGUUGGUGCUCGAAGCGGUAGCCGAGUCCCAAGGCUAUUCAAUGUCAAGGUUGAUCUGAGUGACAAGCCAGCAUUUCCCUGUGCACCGUGAU